UGGUCGUAUGAGGAGGUUCGUAAAAUGGCUCUUCUGACUCCUGAAGAAAUGAAGGAGUUUGAAGAGAAAAUGCUCAACAACUGUAAGGAUUUCCUUGAUGUCGAACCAGUAAAAAGCGAAUAUUCAUCGACAAUGGAUACUACAGAUGUAAUGAGCGAUUUGACACCUUUAGAGAUGAUGACCGAAAAGUGUUUUGACCCUGAAGACUCCACACUUAGAUUUGUCGAUCGGGAGGAUGAAAUGGAUUUUUUGUAUAUUGGCUACAAGUCUCUCAGAGCUCUGAUGUCCUGUGGUCAUUCUGUCACUCCGAUGUCUCUCACUAACUGGUGUCGCCACCUCUUGGAUCAGGGUGAGACCACAUUUGUGUGUGGUCAAACUGACUGUGGUGCUGUAUGGUCGUAUGAGGAGGUUCGUAAAAUGGCUCUUCUGACUCCUGAAGAAAUGAAGGAGUUUGAAGAGAAAAUGCUCAACAACUCUAAGGAUUUCAAACCAUGUCCUGGCUGCAACUCUUCUGUGGAGAGAGCUGAUCUGAAUAAUCUGAGUGUCCUCUGCUCAGUGUGCACAGCUGAGAAAAAGAAGGACUACAUGUUCUGCUGGCAGUGUUUGAGGGAAUGGAAAGGUCCAACUCCACGUUCAGAUCGCUGUGAUAAUGAUGACUGUGUCAAUGAUACACUUGAAACACUGAGAAAGUGUCCAGAGAUCAUCUUUAAGGAUGUGAUGGGGGUCACUGGAUGUCCCUCCAUACGAGCCUGUCCCACAUGUGGCCAACUGGUGGAGCACAGCAGAAAACUAUGUAAAAGUAUCAUCUGUACCCGAUGUAAAGAGAAGUUCUGUUUUGUGUGUCUGAGGGUCUUUAGACGGUGUGUGAGGUCAAGUUCACCUUACGAGCCUUGCUCCAGAGGUGUCGCCCCCAGACAAACUUCUAUACCAGUGCGGCAGAUACAUAAUAAAUGAUAAAUAAUCUCAACAACAGACUGUUACUUUAGCUUUGGCUGAUAUUUU